AUGACAUUCGGUAACACUAUCACUGGUAACAUAACCGACAGUACUGAUACAACCGUACCUUGGACCAUAUCAUACUCAUGUCCAUCAACAUCAACUAAGCUGGCUGUUGUGUCAAGUACACCGUUGGUGUCGAACAAUGUCAAUCCAUUCCAGACAGUGUUGUUGGGAAUGUUCAAGGUUGUUUAUGAUGUUACCUCGUUCGUAACAUUGAAUGUACCACAGACUGGCCCCUCAACAGUAGUGACAUGCUAUGCCAAUGGCUACUCAUGUGAUCUGAGGAAGCAUUUCACUCAAUCAAACAACCCAUCCAUAACUACAUAUCGCGUGUAUGUAGUACCGAGCACUUUCGUAAAGAUAGACUUCACCAAGGUCAUCACAUUGAUGUUCACCGCGGCCCCAUUCGGAUCGAUUACCCUGGACUUUGCGUCGCCGUUCGCAAAUGCCACCGAGAGCGCUUUGAACAUGGUGGUCUAUCCCGAUCCCCUGACAUACUCGCAAGUCGACUAUAUGUAUCAAAAGGUGGACAUCUUUGUAAACUCAACAGGUCAAGGACUAUCAUACUUUAUAUCCAACAUCACAGCAACCAACACCAUUAUCAAACGUGUACUCGGCUCACCAAGUACAUCAAUCCUAUCCUACAACUACCAAAUGAUGUCACAUGGCAAUGGACCCUCCGACAUCAUUGGGUUCACCCAAAUCGACUCCACUCCCAACGCAUUAUCUACAUAUCAAUGGACCAAUGGAAAUCAUCAAAUACCAUCUGGAAGUAAGAUUGGUCUGGUGCUGAUGGAUAGACAGAACUUGUUCGUGUCAAUGUUGACGACGAUGACAAUGGAGACAUUCUUGGGACACUCAAUCAAUGCAUUGAAUCAGCAGCAUAGGAAGGCAAUUGAAUAUCCAUUUGGAUUCAUCUCCAACGUCGAUCCCAAAUCACCAUCAUUCGAAGCAGUAUUUGCCAUGAGUGAGUACCGACUACCCUACUCUCACAUUGGCAUCACCGGCUUUGAGUUUGACAAUGGCAUCAACAGUACUAUUUUCCCCAACACCACCGAGAUUGACUUAUACGCACCAACAUUGAUCAAUAUCACUUUUGUACCUAUCAAUAUGAUGGAGUACUUGGUACAGGUGGAGGUGGAGGAUGUGACGAGUGGAUUUGGUUAUUUGGUAUUGGAGUAUACUACACAGGAUAAGUUAACAUUGUCUCCUGCGGACAUGGUUGGCGGUGAUAUCCAUCAUGCAUACUUGGCCAAGAUCAUAACAAUCCCAUGGCAGAGUUCCAACAAUGCACCAGCACCCAACACAAUCUACAUCUAUGACAAUGCUGGAAACGAAUGCUCACUUCCAUUCAUUGGCUCAGGAGUGAUCUACAAUCCACAGCUCAAAAGCACGGCCGACAGUCCAGGAUUAUCAAUCACUUUGGCGGAUAUUACAUCAUUCACAUUUGAAAAGACUGUUAUGGAUGUAUCGAGUGCGUCGAUGAAUAAUACAUUGACAUUCACAACAUCAAAGUUGAUCAAUAAUUGGAUACCUAUAUUGGUGUUUGGUGAUGAUCUCUCCAAUCCUUAUUAUAGAGCACGUGGUCAUUAUGACUAUGCUACCAGUAGCUACAUCAUACCAUUCACAGUUCCAGCCAGGACAUUCACCACCACCAUGAAGUACUACCUCGAGUCACGUCCAGAGUUCAUCGACGUUGCACUCUUCAACUCCAAGUUCCCCUCCACCUCAUCAGUCCAGAUCAUCUCAACUUAUGGCGAUGAACUUCCACCAAUGAUCACAAAGGUUGUGGCAGUGCCUUCGAAGGAUGUUGUGAUUGAUUCAGUGGCGGAUACGACGGAUGUGGGAUGGGACUUGACUAUUGAGGACCAACCAAAUGGUUUCAGUUAUGGUAGUGUCAACAUUAGUAAUUCAUUGGAUGGUCAAUUGAUAUCGAUCAACUUUACAAACAAUGACGUCGAAGCAGCCACUGGUAUAUACAGACUACGUAUCAAAGUAUCCAAAUUCCAACGUGUACAUAGUAUCACAAUUGAAGACAUAAUGUUGGUUGACACUAUGAACAACGUUGGACGAUACGCUCGUGACCCAAAUGGACUUGAUCUCAUGACCGCCAUCAGUCCCCUUGCCAAAGUCCUCGGAUCACCCGAGCUCAACAUCACCCUCACCAACUCAGAGCAAGAGUUGUCACCACCACAGUUGUUGUCAAUGUUCGUGUCAAGACGUGAUGUGGAUGUUGGUAGCAAUGAUAGAUGGGUACAGGUGAACUUGUCAGUGUCUGAUACCAUAUCUGGAUAUGACUUGGGUCAUUUGCCAACAGUAUACUUCACAUCAACAUAUGAUGAAGUAGUUGGUUAUCAAGCAGAGUUUGUCAGUGCCAAUGCAAAUGGAUCAAUAGUCAACUUUACAGUCAACUGUCUACUCCCCUACGGAUUCGGAUCACAAGCAAAGAUAGCAUACCUCUCCAUCUAUGGGUUGAUGAACAAAGCACGCGACCUUGGUGGAUACUCAAACAAGGCACUAAGCAAUCAUCCCAAUGCCUACAUCAACUUCCUCAACAUUCAAUUCACUCAAACAACACCUAUUAUUGAGAAAUACUUGGUAACACCUGGAUCAUUGACCAUUAUUGGAAGGAACUUUGGAAUGAAUCCUGGACAGGUCAAUGGUGUAUUGGGCUUUGCUGAUGUUGGAAACGUAACAAAGUCACCAUCAUUCCAUUCUGGUAUAAUGUUGAUCAUCAACACUCCAUCAAUCAAGUUGGAUUCAUCAUUCAGUGCAACAAUCAACAACAACAAUAUAUAUUCCAACACAAUAUAUAUCAAUGCAGACCCAACAAACAAUGGCAACGGCAACGGCAAUGGCAACAAGACACAGCCGACUAUCACAUGUCCUGGCACCCCAGUAUGUUUCAAUCGAGGAUCAUGUUCCCCAACUGUUGGAUGCAUCUGUGACCCAGGAUGGUACGGUAAUGACUGCACUUCAACUGUAACUGGAUCCGACCCAACAUACGAUGGCGAGAAGCCAAUGACAUCGAUUGUUGAUGGCAAUACAACAGUUGUGUCAACGAUCAAUGUGGUCAAGUUAAAGGAGUUUGAUAAUGCUGGGAAUAUGGUUGAUCAGAUGGAUUUGAUUGAUUGGACAUUGAUCAAUGAGACUGUAAAUGGCAAGAUAUACUCUGUCGACACAAGAGGUGAUGCCAAGAUGAAGGUGGAGAUCAAAUGGUUCGACCAGGACACCGACAUUCUCUUUGCCGGAGACACACUACACAUGAAGAAGUCCACACUCAAGUACACGAUCAGCAUGUCCAACUACCCAUUCAAAUCAAAGUUGAACAUACUACAAGUCAUAAUGAGAGCAUCGAUCAAUAGUUCAAACAGCAACUCAUGUUCAACCAAGCGUGUUGGCAACAUUGAUGGCAAUGGCAAUGAUGAUGGUUUAUACUGGAUGCGACUCAAGAUCAAUGGUGUCAGUCUCUACGCACAUUUCAUCCAGCGUGCAUUAGUUGAUGGAAGACCACAUGUUAUAUCAAAUGCGUUGUUGGACAAAUCUGAACAAGAGGCAUCGAUCAACAACAUCAACAACAAUCAGGCACAGGCAACAAUUGUAGCAAUCAAUGUUCCACAUUUUGAUAGAGAUGUCAUACUUGAUCCAGAUUUCCAAUUAUUAUUGGAUGUUGAUAAAGUUAGUGGAGAUGACAAUGAUGCAAUAUGUUCAUCCAAGACAAAGUCAUUGUCCACUAUUGCAAUGAUUGGAAUUAUAGUUGGAGUGGUGGAAGGGGAGGUCGAUUAG